UUAAACUUUAGAAUACGAAGAAACAUUAAUUUCGUCAUAAUUAUUAGCUGUGUCAAUUUGAGAAUAUUUUAAAUGAUUACAAGUGAACCAUCUAUCACUAGUUUAUUUUCGAUUGUAUUUAUUUUUCAAGUCGUACCGUGUGAUUAAUUAUCCCGCCCUUACGGGGGCUGGAGGCCAUUUUGCCCAGUCACGUGACCUUUAGUGCGUUGUGGUUUGCAGAAUUAACACAUUCGUGCAGUAGAUUGUAAAUAGUAACUCUGUACAUACUGUACAAAAAAAGAUGAGCUCGAGUAAUCGGACCACCUCUAAAGGUGGUAAGGGGGCGAAGGCCGAUAAAUCUCACAAGUCAGACAAAUCAGAAAGUGGAAAAGGCAGUGGUGAAAAACAGCAACAUAGAGACGCAAAUUCCAAAGGUGAGGACCCCAGUAUUAAAGAUAAAGUUAAACAGCUGAUUGAAAUGUCGCAUAGGUCCGAAGAAGAAGUAUGUUUGGCACUUCAUGAGUGUGACAAUGAUAUAAAUUUGGCGAGUAACAUGCUUUUUGAAAAUAUGGGCACUGGUAAGUGGGAAACGCGCGUCAAGAAGAAAAAGAACAGACAAGCCUCUGCGGGAAAACAGGAAAAACAGGACGAUACGGUAGCCGUGGACGAUUGGAACGACACCAACCAGACAGGUGGCUCGGGUGACAAGGAGAAAGGGCGCAAUAAAAGCGGGGGUCCCCCUCGUCUGCAUGGCCGUCACAACGACAGCCGUGGCUGGCGCGGUCGAGAGAGGCAAGAAAACGAGCGUAACCUGGACGACGGCGGUCGUCCCGACUUCCAGCGGGACAGAGACCGCCGUGGUAGGCAGUCCUCGACGAGAGGAGGCGGGGGCGGAAGGGGCAGAGGCGGGGGCCGGGCUGGGGGCCGGUAUCCACCUAGGGGCAAUAGGAGCAACUCCUACAGCAAGCCUAUUGACACCUGGGACAACAGUACUGCUAUUGCCGCUAAUCAUAAUGCAGAAGAAACGUGGGAUGAGUUCCCGGGCACUGACGAGUGGUCAACGGAGGAGUACCAAGGUAGCCUAGCCGACACCAAGGUGUUCACGCCUAGCAUCCAGCCCGCCCUGGAUUCUAUCGCGGAGCCUCCGACCAACCAGCCUCCGGUCGACGCCACGCUGUCUGGCCAGCAGCUCGGCCAGUCCCUGCAGAUGGGACAACCGUCAGUACAAAUGCCGUCUCAGAGCCCCGUGCCUAUGGUCGGUACCCUGACGGCCGCGCAAACGCAGUAUUUCUCCCAGCUGCAGCAGAACAGCGACAGCUUAAACAAGCAGUAUGCCCAGAGCCAGACUUUCCAGAGCCAGCCGUACGACAAGGGUCAGACGCAGUACAGCAGCACCACCUCGCAGCCGUACAGCAACACCCAGCCGUACUUGAACCAGACCAAUACCUACGCCACUAGCGCGUACCAGCCGGUGAACAAUAGCUAUAAUAGCACGCAGGAGCAGAUGCCCGCGCAGCAGCCCACCAGGACAAAGACGCAGAGGGCCCGUGUGCCUCCUCCAUCCAAGAUACCUGCUAGUGCCGUAGAGAUGCCUGGCGACUUGAACAGCAUCGGAUACUUAGACGUGCAAUUCGGGGCAAUGGACCUCAUCGAUCCCAACGCAUCUUUCGAGGGCAAUAUAGACGGCAAGUACGGCAAUACCCAGUCGAACAACAUCGACACGCCUGCCGCUACGCCUGCAAGCAACUUGGAUCUCAGUACCUCUAACCAGAAUUCGAACCUGGAUGCAUACUCUCCUAAGAACAAUACACAAAGCAGUAUUAGCUCUGCGUUGUCACAGAGCCUGUCGAACACUGAUAGCAUUCCACAGCCGACCAGCGAGCAUCUGACGGGAAGUUACAACACCGCGCCGAGGAGCACGCAAGUUAGCUCGACGACGGUGCCGGUUUCGGUGGGGUCGUCGGGUCUGGAGCUGUCCAAGCAGCCGGAGAGUCACUCGUACUCGCAGUCGUCCACGUACAAUUCCUAUCAGUCCAAGCCGAACACUUACAACUCCUCGAGUUACAGUGCCACUCAGACAACUGCAAGCUCGUACGUGUCCAACCAGUCUAGUAGCUAUGUAAAUAAUCAGUCGGGCAAUUACAACCCGCCCAGCGGUAACAGCUACCAGAAUGCGUACUCCUCCAACAGUUCGUAUCAGUCCAACUCGAACUCCGGGGGAUUCCCCUCAAUAAGCCAGGCCAACGCGUACCCCUCUAACAAUCAGUCCUAUCCCCAGAAUACUAGUCAGUCGGUAUACGGUGCUAAUUCAGGAUUGAACAAUAGCUCAAACUAUGGAAACACCUCUACGAGUCAAUACAACAGCUACAGCUCGGGGAACAGUCACAAGUUAGUCAAGGACAAUGCUUACGACAACAGCUCGAGUACGGCGAGCAGCAGUCAGACCACGACGACCAGCAACGUUACGUCUUCGGCUGCGCUGUCGCUCGCCCAGACCACGGUCAGCGGCAGCAAGACCACGACAUUAGGUAAGGCGGCUAAGAAUUCAAGUAGUGUGGUUUCUAACAUACCGCCGGGUGUCGCUCCGGUUAUGAGUACGCCGUACAUUAUGGGGCAAGUGCCGUAUUUCCAGCAACCGGUUUACUCUUAUGAAGAGAUGCAGUUGUUGCAGCAGAGACUUCCCCACAUGACGACUCCCUACUAUGACAUGAGUUAUCAGACUCCAACGACGCUGGCCGCGGUGCGGGACGCCACCCUGGGCAAUGUUGGUUACUCGAUCUCAGAUGGAAGGUACACGAGGGGCGACAACAACGCCUCGCCGGUCCCGUCCACGCUCUCCCAACAGACCAGCACGCUCACCCAAGGACACCAGGCCCAGCCCAUACUGGCGGGGACGGCGCCACCGUACUUCUUUGCCACGGCGUUUAAUACAAUAGCGCCGAAUUACCAAUUCGGGACUAUGUACACACAACUACCAGCGGCCACCAAUGCACACGGGUCGAGUAACAGCAACCAGUACCCGAAACCUGGGACGUACGGGUCAGGAUACGGCAGUUACGACGCUCUGAACCAGUCGCAGGAUUACACCAAGGGAGGUUAUGUUGGUAACACGCAAGGCCAGAAGGGUAGCGGGGCUAAUGCGUCUUCGACCGGGUCAGCGGGCAACGAUCUAUCUGCCAUGUACGGGAAGUCUCACACAGCUUUGGGAAAGGUCAAUUCGUACGAAAAACAAGGUUUCCAUUCGGGCACUCCGCCGCCUUUCACCGGAGCCCUCCAUGGAAGCCAAAAUGCUGGGCUGGCUCCUAGCGGUACGGGCUUCGCCCCUCCGGUUUACAUCCCUACGAUGGCCCCCCAUCAGCAGCACCAUUCGACUCACUUGAUGCAACAGCCUCUCCAUCAGAUGGAUGUCAGGCACCAAGGCCGACGCGUGGAUUCCGGUAACACUGGCGGACAACGUUCUCAGGCUUCGAACCAGGCUAAAGCUGGAGCAAAGCAACCUUACCAAGCGUCCUACUGGAACCAAGCCUAAGAUGAAUUUUCCAAAAUGGCUGCUCACUACUUCGCCCCUUCUCCAAAUAUAUGAAACUAGUUGAUUAUUUAGUUGUUACUACCUUAGCUUAUAAUUAUUGUAUUUUAUAAAAAAAUGUGUGAAGCGUCAUAAAUUAUUUUCUUUAUUGUAUUUAUUUCCGCCGCCGAUCUAUUGAUCGACAGCCCUAUAUUAUAUUAUCGACUUUAUGUGAAAUAAAUAGAGACCUGUACGAUAUUUUUUUACAUUGAUUUGUCAAGUUUUAUUUUGCGUAAAGUCUACCGAUUGAGUACAGAUCUUCCACAGUUUUUUUUUAGAUAUAGAAUAGUUUUUUUUUUAGUUAAAUCUUUGUGCAAUCUUAUUUGGACUGUGGAACUUGGAAAAAUAAUUGAAUUUCUUUUCGGCCAGUCAGUAAUGUUAAUUGCUUACGUUUGCUCCUUUAUUAUAAAUAAUGAUUUUUUUUUUUCAUUUUGUAUUAUACAUUCUUUUUUUUAAUCAUUUGUAGUUAUUUUUAGCUUUUGUAACCUUGUUAAGGCGAAGUUAAUGGGCUGGUUGAAACUGCGACAGAUAGAAGUCAAUUUACAUCAUUUUUAUUAAUCAGACUUUUUUAUGCCUACAAUUUCCCAACAUUGUCAGAUUUGGUUAAAUAUUAAUUGCAUUAUGAAAUUUAAAGGUAAUAUACAUUUAGUUUUUGUUGUGUAUGUUUUAGUUCAAAGUUUUUCGCAUCGUGGUCCCGUUUAUGGUGAGUUGACAAUUUUUAUAAGUUUGUGUUCCCAAUAGAACCCCAAUUAUUAUUAAUUUAUGAAACGGUGAAUGUAUUUUUGUUAAUUUUUUAAGAAGAGAUACAUACAAAGGUCAAUGACGACUAUUCGGAAGCUUCUAAAUAUUAAGUAUUAUACAUUUUGUACAAUAAUUAAAAAUGUAUUGCACCUCUUUGUGUAUCUUUCGAAUACUAUUAAGUUUUUGACCAUACUUUUUAUUUUUAUUGUAAGAGAAUUACCCGAUACGCUUUAUUGACAUUGCUUUUUUAAGCGAGCAUUUUCGAGAUCCUUUCACGUCUUGCCCAAUGUGUACCCCUAACCUCACUGUAAAUCCACAAUUUUAAGAUCGUUAAUAUUAAGAUACGCGAUUUGUUGUUCAGCAUUUAAUAUAUACGGGAUGUCCGGGAAAUACGAGCCAAAACUUGUGCUCUUAAAAAUAACUUCCCGAAACACUUUUUUAAAAGCUCAAUAUUAACGGAGUUACAUAACCCGAAGUACUUCUUUAAAUUCAUAUUUUACAAUCACUUUUUGCUAGUUCUCUUCCAAAUUUGGUAAAUUUAUUAUCGGAACGAACUACACUUAC